GUCUCAGGCUACUGAAAAUAGGGCUGUGAAAAGCACAGUGGGGUGAGUGAAUGGUUUGCAUGCCUGUGUAUCUGUAUCUCUGACUAUCACCAAGCUAAAUACAGUCCACUCUCAUUUACCUGCACUUAAUAAAAAGGUGAAUAAUGAUGGAAGAGUGCUAAAUUACACAAUCUAAAUAGCAUUAUUUGUAUGUGGCUUGGGAAGAUUUUAUAUUCUUUCCUCCUGUACAAGAGAUUGAUGUGUCUUUUCUUUUAUGUGAAUUAUUAGCAUCAAUUUUUAUUUCCUGAGCAAAUACUAUUAGAAUAGCAAACAUAAAUAGGUUAAAAUAUAUAUUAGGUAAUCCACAUGCGAAUAAUUGAGAGUUGACUGUUAAUGCUUUUUGGAUCAUCCAUUGUUUUGUAUUAUCUGUGCUUUUUUGUUAGUGUGGCCAGGUUAAAGCUGAAUAGCUACUUUAAAAUUUUAUCUCUACAGUGAAUAUACUUCUAAAAUUAUACAGAUGCCAAACUAAAUUGAAAAUAAUUGUGUAAAACUAGAUUAAUAUAACAUAUGUCCCAAGUCAUAGGAUUGAAAGAGAACUUAAGUACAUUCUUAAAAUUCCUUUUACAAAGUCUUUGAGCCAGGCAGAUUGCAUAAACUGAGCAACACACCUGGUAAUGAUGAAAUUUAUAUAAAAUAUAAAUUUGAGGAUAUGCCGAGGCUUCAAACAUAUCCUAUUUAUGGAGUCAGUUGAGUUUAGUAAGAAAUACAGAAGACAGUUUUUUAAUUACCUGGAUUUUCAAGAAUUUUGCUCUUUUAAUUACUUUGCCAUUUUUUUACCCCAGUAUUUUGAAGAUUUGGAUUUAUAGUGGUUUGUUAAGGUCAGUGAGCAUAUUUUUAUCCGUAUAUUAUAUAAUUGGGUUAGUAACUGUUAUCGUGAAUCAGGAAGGUACAAUUCUUGGCUUCAAGUUUAUAUUAGAGUUGAGAUAUAUCUGUAUCAGGGCAUAGUAUAAGAUAGUAUUUGAAGAACCUGCCAACUGUCCUUAUAAAGGAAUCAAAAGCUGGAGGCAUUUAGGAAAAAAAACAAGGGAGAUAGGUAAGGAAUAGCUUAGAGGGAAGACCUCAUAGAAGUCUUGACACCUGUCAGACUUGCAUUAAGAGGUAGCACUUGAAUAGAUAGAACUUUGGAUCAGUGUUUUAAAAAUUGUAACAAUUUUGUGAACUAACAUUUCUGGCAUAUUAUUCAGUACUUGAAGGUAAUGUUGAGGAAAAGUUGGCGUUAAUAUAACUGUCAUAAUUAUUGAAGAUUAAUUAUAUUUCAAAGUAGGGCUUUUCUGGCCUUUAAAGGUAGUGCAGGACUGGACUGAACUGAGAGCUUUUAGGCAUAUUGUGAAAUAAUUGUGUGCUUGUGACUAUAAGUAUAUAAAUGCUUGGCUGUUAUUCCAAAUCCAAGUAUAAAUGAUUUUUUUUCUUCCAUUGUUUUGUAGUAUAUGUGUUUCUUUUCCCCUUCAUUAAUACUGCAUGUUCAAAGGGCUCUGUAAAUUUGUUAUCAAACUUACUUCAAGAUGUAUGCAGUUUGGAAAUAGAGAUUAUAAAUGAGAUGGGUAGUGUUUUUGUUAUUUUCCACACUAAAAUGACCAUAUGUUCUGAUCUCAGAAUUUAAUCAUGUGGCCUCACAGUGAGAUAGAGUAUUUGAAAUUAAAAUCAUUCUAAAAAACAUGGAAUGUUUCAUUGCUAAAUCCAGACAACCUACCCAGCCCUCUAGUUAUUUAAGUAAAGGGUAUACUGGGGAAAUUAUUGCUUUUAUUAAAGCAGCAAAAUGAGAGUUGAAUUGCCACUUGCAGGGAUUUUAGUGAUCUUGUUCAGAAUCCAGUGUAAUUUCAUGUGUUUCUUGUAAUGAAUAAAGAGUGAAGAGACACAGAAGCUGUAAACAAAGAAGACUGCCAAGUAAUUUACUUUUAGUUACUAAGGAGGAACAGCUUGCCAGAUAAAAGUGUAUUUAAGUGCUUUUAGAUGUGUACACAUGUAUGUAUAUUUAUCUGUAGUUCCAUACUUCGAGAAAUCACAUCUUAAGAUAGUAUUGCUAAUUCUUUCCGUGCUUAAUGUUCAUCCCUCAUAUACUAAAACUUUUAAUUGCCCUGUUUUUUCUCCACUCAUAAUUCUGUAUAAUAUACUCCCUAACCUUCACCACACCACCACCAUCACCACCAGCCCCCUCCCCCAAGAAAAAAUAAAGAAAAAAGAAAAAGAAAAACUGAAGGGAAUAGAGUUGCAGAAAGAGUGAGAAGACUCCAGUGGUUGGAGAACCUUCUGACAACUUAAGGGAGAUUCUCCAAAAUGUGGCCAAAUUGCAAGGAGUAUCAAAUAUGAGAAAACUAGGCCAUCUGAAUAACUUUACUAAGCUUCUUUGUGAUAUUGGCCAUAGUGAAGAAAAAUUGGGUUUUAACUAUGAGGAUAUCAUAAUUUGUUUGCGGUUAGCUUUAUUGAAUGAAGCAAAAGAAGUGCGGGCAGCAGGGCUGCGAGCUCUUCGAUAUCUCAUCCAAGACUCGAGUAUUCUGCAGAAGGUGCUAAAAUUGAAAGUGGACUAUUUAAUAGCGAGGUGCAUUGACAUACAGCAGAGCAACGAGGUAGAGAGGACACAAGCACUUCGAUUAGUCAGAAAGAUGAUUACUGUGAAUGCUUCCUUGUUUCCUAGCUCUGUGGCCAACUCAUUAAUAGCAGUUGGAAAUGAUGGACUUCAAGAAAGAGACAGAAUGGUCCGAGCAUGCAUUGCCAUUAUCUGUGAACUAGCACUUCAGAAUCCAGAGGUGGUGGCCCUUCGAGGUGGACUAAACACCAUCCUGAAAAAUGUGAUCGAUUGCCAAUUAAGUCGAAUAAAUGAGGCCCUAAUUACUACAAUUUUGCACCUCCUUAAUCAUCCAAAGACCCGACAAUAUGUGCGAGCUGAUGUAGAAUUAGAGCGAAUUUUAGCACCCUAUACUGAUUUUCACUACAGACAUAGUCCAGAUACAGCUGAAGGACAACUCAAAGAAGACAGAGAAGCGAGGUUUCUAGCCAGUAAAAUGGGAAUCAUAGCAACAUUCCGGUCAUGGGCAGGUAUUAUUAAUUUGUGUAAACCUGGCAACUCCGGGAUCCAGUCUCUAAUUGGAGUACUUUGUAUACCAAAUAUGGAAAUAAGGCGAGGUCUGCUUGAAGUGCUCUAUGAUAUAUUUCGUCUUCCUCUACCUGUUGUGACUGAAGAAUUCAUAGAAGCACUGCUCAGUGUAGAUCCAGGCAGAUUCCAGGACAGUUGGAGGCUUUCAGAUGGCUUUGUAGCAGCUGAGGCAAAAACUAUUCUUCCUCAUCGUGCCAGAUCCAGGCCAGACCUCAUGGAUAAUUAUUUGGCACUGAUACUCUCUGCAUUUAUUCGUAAUGGACUUCUAGAGGGUUUGGUUGAAGUGAUAACGAACAGCAAUGACCAUAUCUCAGUUAGAGCUACCAUCCUUUUAGGAGAGCUUUUACAUAUGGCAAAUACAAUUCUUCCUCAUUCACACAGCCAUCAUUUGCACUGCCUGCCAACCCUAAUGAAUAUGGCUGCAUCUUUCGAUAUCCCCAAGGAAAAGAGACUGCGAGCCAGUGCAGCUUUGAACUGUUUAAAACGCUUCCAUGAAAUGAAGAAACGAGGACCUAAACCUUACAGCCUUCAUUUAGAUCACAUUAUUCAGAAAGCAAUUGCAACCCACCAGAAACGGGAUCAGUAUCUCCGAGUUCAGAAAGAUAUAUUUGUUCUUAAGGAUACAGAGGAAGCUCUUUUAAUGAACCUUAGAGAUAGCCAAGUUCUUCAACAUAAAGAGAAUCUUGAAUGGAAUUGGAAUCUUAUAGGGACCAUUCUUAAGUGGCCAAAUGUAAAUCUAAGAAACUAUAAAGAUGAACAGUUGCACAGGUUUGUACGAAGACUACUUUACUUUUACAAGCCCAGCAGUAAAUUAUAUGCCAACCUGGAUCUGGAUUUUGCCAAGUCCAAGCAGCUCACAGUUGUGGGUUGCCAAUUUACAGAAUUUCUUCUUGAGUCUGAAGAGGAUGGGCAAGGGUACUUAGAAGAGCUAGUAAAAGAUAUUGUUCAGUGGCUCAAUGCCUCAUCUGGAAUGAAACCUGAAAGAAGUCUUCAAAAUAAUGGUUUAUUGACUACCCUUAGUCAACACUACUUUUUAUUUAUUGGAACACUUUCUUGCCACCCUCAUGGAGUCAAAAUGCUGGAAAAAUGCAGCGUAUUUCAAUGUCUCCUUAAUCUCUGUUCCUUGAAAAACCAAGAUCACUUACUGAAACUGACCGUUUCUAGCUUGGACUACAGCAGAGAUGGAUUGGCGAGAGUUAUCCUUUCCAAAAUCCUUACUGCAGCCACUGAUGCCUGCAGGCUGUAUGCAACAAAACAUUUAAGAGUAUUACUGAGAGCUAAUGUUGAAUUCUUCAAUAAUUGGGGAAUUGAAUUACUAGUGACCCAGCUGCAUGAUAAAAACAAAACGAUUUCUUCUGAAGCUCUUGAUAUUCUUGAUGAAGCAUGUGAGGACAAGGCCAAUCUUCAUGCUCUUAUUCAGAUGAAGCCAGCUUUAUCCCACCUUGGAGACAAGGGUUUGCUUCUCCUGCUGAGAUUUCUUUCCAUUCCAAAAGGAUUUUCCUAUCUGAAUGAAAGGGGUUAUGUAACAAAACAAUUGGAAAAGUGGCACAAGGAGUAUAAUUCAAAGUAUGUUGACUUGAUUGAGGAACAACUUAAUGAAGCACUUACUACUUACCGAAAGCCAAUUGAUGGUGAUAACUAUGUUCGUCGAAGUAACCAAAGAUUACAGCGUCCUCAUGUCUACCUGCCUGUACACCUCUAUGGACAACUGGUACACCACAAAACAGGCUGUCAUUUGUUGGAAGUACAGAAUAUUAUUACCGAACUCUGUCACAAUGUUCGUACACCAGAUUUGGAUAAAUGGGAAGAAAUUAAAAAACUGAAAGCAUCUCUUUGGGCCUUGGGAAAUAUUGGCUCAUCAAAUUGGGGUCUCAAUUUGCUACAGGAAGAAAAUGUGAUUCCAGAUAUACUAAAACUUGCAAAGCAGUGUGAGGUUCUUUCAAUUAGAGGGACCUGUGUAUAUGUGCUUGGGCUCAUAGCCAAAACCAAACAGGGCUGUGAUAUUCUGAAAUGUCACAACUGGGAUUCUGUGAGGCACAGUCGCAAACAUUUGUGGCCAGUGGUUCCAGAUGAUGUAGACCAACUCUGUAAUGAACUUUCAUCUAUCCCAAGCACCCUGAGUUUGAACUCAGAGUCAACCAGCUCUAGACAUAAUAGUGAAAGUGAAUCUGCACCAUCAAGUAUGUUCAUAAUGGAGGAUGACCGGUUUGGCAGCAGCUCUACCAGUACAUUUUUUCUUGACAUCAACGAAGAUACAGAGCCAGCAUUUUAUGAUCGACCUGGACCUAUAAAGGAUAAAAAUUCAUUCCCUUUCUUUGCUUCUAGUAAACUUGUGAAGAAUCGUAUCUUAAAUUCACUUACUUUGCCUAAUAAAAAACAUCGUAGUAGCAGUGAUCCGAAAGGAGGGAAACUGUCAUCUGAAAAUAAGACAAACAACAGGCGGAUCAGAACACUUACAGAGCCCAGUGUUGACUUUAAUCAUAGUGAUGAUUUCACACCCGUAUCCACAGUACAGAAAACAUUACAAUUAGAAACUUCAUUUGUUGGCAAUAAGCACAUUGAAGACACUGGUAGUACUCCAAGUAUUGGAGAGAAUGACUUAAAAUUCACCAAGAGUCUUGGUACAGAGAAUCACAGAGAAAAUACAAGCCGAGAGAGAUUAGUUGUAGAAAGUUCAACAAGCUCACAUAUGAAGAUACGUAGCCAAAGUUUUAAUACAGACACUACAACAAGUGGCAUAAGUUCUAUGAGUUCAAGUCCUUCACGGGAGACAGUAGGUGUCGACGCUACAACUGUGGACACAGACUGUGGAAGUAUGAGUACUGUGGUAAGUACUAAAACUGUUAAGACAAGCCACUAUUUGACGCCACAGUCUAACCAUCUGUCUCUCUCCAAAUCAAACUCAGUGUCCCUGGUGCCUCCAGGUUCUUCUCAUACACUUCCUAGAAGAGCACAGUCCCUUAAAGCACCCUCUAUUGCUACGAUUAAAAGUCUAGCAGAUUGUAACUUUAGUUACACGAGUUCUAGAGACGCCUUUGGCUACGCUACACUGAAAAGAUUACAGCAACAAAGAAUGCAUCCAUCCUUAUCUCAUUCUGAAGCUUUGGCAUCUCCAGCAAAAGACGUGCUGUUUACUGAUACUAUCACCAUGAAGGCCAACAGCUUUGAAUCUAGGUUAACACCAAGCAGGAUCGAUUUUAAAAAGAAGCAUGUCGGGGGAAUCAGGAGCUUAAGACCUACAAUAACAAACAACCUUUUCAGGUUCAUGAAAGCUUUAAGUUAUGCUUCAUUAGAUAAAGAAGAUUUAUUAAGUCCUAUUAAUCAAAAUACCCUGCAGCGAUCCUCCUCAGUAAGGUCCAUGGUGUCCAGUGCAACGUAUGGUAGUUCAGAUGACUAUAUUGGUCUUGCUCUUCCAGUAGACAUCAAUGAUAUAUUCCAGAUAAAGGAUAUACCCUAUUUUCAGACAAAAAACAUACCUCCACACGAUGAUCGUGGUGCCAGAGUGUUUGCCCAUGAGGCAGGAGGUAUUCCAUCUGGAACUGGAGGUCUUGUAAAAAACUCUUUUCACUUGCUACGACAGCAGAUGAGUCUUACGGAAAUAAUGAAUUCAAUCCAUUCAGAUGCUUCUCUGUUUUUAGAAAGUACAGAAGACACUGGAUUACAGGAGCAUACAGAUGAUAACUGCCUUUAUUGUGUCUGUAUCGAAAUUCUGGGUUUCCAGCCCAGUAAUCAACUAAGUGCAAUAUGUAGUCAUUCAGACCUUCAAGACAUUCCAUAUUCUGAUUGGUGUGAGCAGACUAUCCAUAAUCCCUUAGAAGUGGUUCCUUCUAAGUUUUCGGGGAUUUCCGGAUGCAGUGAUGGAGUGUCUCAAGAAGGCUCGGCCAGCAGCACCAAAAGCACAGAAUUGCUACUAGGUGUUAAAACAAUUCCAGAUGAUACACCAAUGUGCCGAAUACUCCUUCGCAAAGAAGUUUUGAGACUAGUCAUUAAUUUGAGUAGUUCAGUUUCAACUAAAUGUCAUGAAACCGGGCUUUUAACGAUUAAGGAGAAGUAUCCGCAAACAUUUGAUGACAUCUGCCUUUACUCUGAGGUUUCCCAUUUGCUCUCACACUGCACAUUUAGACUUCCGUGUCGGAGAUUCAUACAAGAAUUAUUUCAAGAUGUACAGUUUUUACAAAUGCAUGAAGAAGCAGAGGCUGUGCUGGCAGCAGCACCAAAGCAACCGAUAGUUGAUACAGCUGCUGAGGCCUGACCUCCUGUUUAUGGUGUCUGCAGAUGAAUACCGCACAUACUCAGAUUUGUGGAUUUCCUAAAAGCCGCAGAAAAUGCUGAUUGACUGGGCAGCAAAGACAGGAGUCUCUUCUGUUCCAGCAAUUCCUGGUACAUGCACAGUUGGAACUGCAGACUUCCCUAACUAAAGCAACUUGCUCUUUUCCCAGUCGAACCCUCUGGGGGUUCAUUGCUCAUUACCACAGUUUUCAGAGUUUUAGUUACCAUUAUAUGCAAGAGCCAAGCACUGAAUACCUACAUAGGUUUUCUAUUUUUUCAUUUUAAGAGCAUAAUAACAGUGGAACAAUAAUAGGAUAUGCAGAAGCACCCUUCACACAGUUACUUCUGAAAUCUUUUUUUUUAAGGGUAAAUAUAAAGAUGCCUUGUUUGUUAACUAACUCGUGGGAACCAGGAAUCAGUGUCUCUGAGGCUGCACCCUGUCCCACAGUGGGGUGUGCUGUAACUGCUGGUAUUAGAGGGGGAACUUUGGCCCUUCCACAUUUUUCUUAAUAUUUCUAACACUACUUCAGAGGUUUGUAACCUCAAAGCAAAAGAAGAGCCUCAACAACCCAGGACUUAUAAGUUAUUUUUAUGUUACUAGACUUGCAAACAGUUUGUUUUCUGUCUCUUCAGUUUUGUGGCAGUGUGUUAUCAUAGGCUAUUUGAACCAAUUAAGGUUUUUCACUACAGUUCCUGAUUCAAAUCAGAAUGUCAUUUGAUAAUUCAAAGUAUUUCCCAUUUGUAGAAUGGACAUGUUUUCAGUGGACUUCUCAUUUUCAUCAACUUCCCAUAUCACCAUUUGAAACAGGAACUUGAACAAGCACUAUUAAUUGAGACCUAAAGCAAAAGAAAGCAGUAAACAACACUUUGGAUCUCCUGAGGAAGAGAGAAGUUUGCCUCCGAUUUACACAUUCCGUGGGAAAAGAAGAGCCAUAUUUCCUUUUUAAAAAAAUCAUUAACGCAACUUUAUGAUUAAAAAUUGUAGUGAAAAGCCUUAAGUACCAAAUUUUAAAGCAGCAGUAAUUUAAAUUUUUUUAUAUCAGUGUUCUUGUUUUGCACAAACUAAAUGCAGUGACAGGUGAGUUUAUCUAUCAGUACAGUCAUUGCCUUUAUCACAUUUGUGAAGUUGUUAAGUUGAUGAGGGCAAGGUUUUGUUUGUGUGUUUAAUUUGUAUAUGUUUAAAGAUAUUUGGAAAUCUUUACAGGAAUUAAACAUAUAUGCAAAUUUGUAUAUAAAAAUAGCAUGGCCAUCACCAUUAGAAUGCUUGUAAAAAUGAAAGGAUUAUCUUUUUUGAGGUCUAUAUAUAAAUAGAAAAAAAUCCAGCUGGACUGAUUAGGACCCUUUUUUUAAUUCAUUUGUUUAUACCAUUUUUACAGUUACACAUCAGCUUUGACCCAGUCUUAGUAUCUUGAUUAAUAUUUUCCCAUAGUACAGAUCCUUUUUAUAACAGGCUUGUUCUUUGAGAUCUCUGUAAAGAACCCUGUGAACUAGAAAACGUAACUCACAGAGAUAGUUUCUUUGUUGUUUUUUUGUUUUGUUUUGUUUUUUUAAUUUACUGGCACUGAAAGUUCCAAUUGGGAUGAAGCGUUUCAUCUCACUUCAUAACACCUCUUUGACUGCACUUCAGUGAAUUGUUCUUACAUGCACUGUGUAGCAACUUACAUUAUAACAAAGCAGAUAAGGGCUGUAAGCUGCUGCUUAUGUUAAAAAGUGGUUCUUCAGAUUUUCUCUCAUAAAAUCCAAGUGAAAAUAAAAUAUUUUUUUUAACUUUAAUUUAUCACUGAACCCAAGUGUGUAUUUAAAUGUUAACAGUACUUUUAAGAACGUUGCCUGUCACCUUGGUCUUUGGUUUUGGAUGAUUAAAAUGCCUUCCAGAGAACCAAAUGUCAGAAUUACUAGACCAAAUAGUGGUUAAAAACUCCAAAGGAGGUAAUUUAGUAAUCUUAUUCAUAAUGGGGUUGACAUAUUUUAGACAUUCAUUUUAAACACUACCUCAGUUAAUAUAGAAUAUAAAAUCUGUGGUUUAAUCCCUCAAAAGUUAAUAGUAAUUCUUUUUUUGUCACACACACACACACACACACACACACACACACACACACACACCUGUUCCCAUCCCAGAGCCCACUUCACUCCUCUAUCCUGAAAUGAAGUCUUUGUUACUAUUAGCCUGAACAGUUUUUUUGACUAUUACUUUGAAAGACAUGUGUGUAUACAUUAUAAUAAUUGCCUAUAGCACUUAGUUUGAAGAGACAGAGUUUUGUGGUUAUCAGUAAUCUAAGAAAAAAUGUCUAUACUUAAAUGUAUAGUGCUAUUUGGUUUCUCCAUGUUUCACUGACAGGUCUAAUACGUUUUCAAGUACUCAUCUGUAUAAAAGGAGACUUUCAUGAUGAAAGAUGCUCACAUGCAGUGCCAAGUGAUUAACUUAGUGUUUAAAAAUAUUGAAUUAUAGCAGAAAAGAUUAGGAAUGGUGUCAGUGGUCAUAGAAAUAAUUGAGAAAAUCAUCUAUAAAUAAUAGAUACUACCAGACUAUAAAAUACCAAAAUAAUGUCAAUACUGUAGUUUUUCAAGAUUUUAGAAUUAAUCUUAGUCCUUAUGAAUUUGUACUAUUGGUAAUUAUUGAAUAAUUUGGAGGAAUUUGGACAGUUGUGCUGGUUGUAAACUGUGAAUAUCUAAUUGUAAAGUGAAUUGUCAUUUCUAAUUGAAAUUUUUUUUUCAAGAACAGAUUUCAGCUUCACAUACUAAGUAAAUACUGAUAAAUAAUAAGGAAAUUGGAAAUUAGUAUUAAUAAUUAAAUAUGGUCUAAAAUUUCUUAUACUUUUAUUUCCUAUUUAUGCCUAGCUAGAUUUGAAGGGGGGAAGUCUCCCUAAUAAAAAUUUUUCUAAUAAAGUUUAGUAGCAUAAGUACAUUCUGUAGGACAGCGACAUUAAAAGAGGCUCUUUGGAGGGAUAUACAUUCUUAGACUAGUUAUUCUAACAUCGUGUGUACAAGUUCUUUUGAAAUGGUAGCUUUAAUAGUUUUCAGCUCUUUUAUCCAGAGCUUGAGAUCAUUAAAGCUGAGUUUUUCAGGGCAUAUUAAAGUGUUCAACAGUGAGGUGUCAAUGCUUAUUUAGAUUUGUCUACUGCUCUUUAUAAAUUUUUUUUUCAUUCCAUUCAGAGGAUGCCUUUUAUCCCCACAUUAAAGCACAGAUCAUUGAGCAAUAAAAACUAUAAUCAAAUUGUCAUCCAAAUUAUAACUGCAAUUGUUUUUGCAUGGUAAGAGUGAGGUGCUAAUUUUGUGUGAGAUUAGCUUUGUAAACUACCUUGGGAAAAAGUCCUUUGGAAUUAAGGUAUUCCCCCUUUUGUUUCAUGCUUCCAGUGUUGUCUAAAAUUCACAAUCCAUUAAACAUGGGAAAAAAAGUAGAAUUAACUGAGAGAGUUUUAUGAGAAGAACUGAUGGAAUAAAAGAACAUUUCAGGUUUUCCAAAAUGUAAGUUGGGAAAGGUCUCCCUUGCCUCCCCAUUCAGGAAAUCCAUUAUCACCAGCUUAAUUUCAAGAGUAUCACUACAGUGAGAGUUUCAUUAUAAAAGCGUGCUAGUGAAAUGGAUAGCAGUGCUUAUCAGACAAUAUUGAAAUCUGUGAGAAUCUUUCUAGGAACAUUUCUUUUUUCCUUUUAGUUCCAGGUUCCCAAAGUAUUUUUCAUUUAUAGUAGGUUUUUACAACUCACACAGAAUGGAUUCCCUCCCCCCCCACCCCCCCCGGAGUAUUUUUAUAAUGUAGGUGGAUAGCUAUGCCACAGCACGCAUUAAUUGCACAUCUUGUUUGAUUUUCUUUACAAAAUAUUUAAUUUGAAAAAUAUAAUUUAUGCCAAAAAAGUAUACCUUGUAAUUUUGCCAAUAAUAGGUUGAUUUAGCACAAAAUACAAAGUCUUGGGGCAGGGGGUUGGAUAAAAAUUUUUCAUAGAUAAUAGUUGAAAAAUGUUCCAUUACUGGCCUGGCAGAAACCCUGAAGCUGCAUUGUAACAAACGGUGUAAAUUUUGAAACGUGGUAAGGGAUUGUGAAAAAAAUCUCAGACUUAAUGCUCCCUAGCCACAUGAUAUAUCCUUCUUUUUUUAUUUAGUAAUAAGCUGCUACAUAUUUGGAGGUUCUGGUGUUUGUAGGUCACUGAACAGACAUUGAAAUCUGAUUUAUAUUGUAUAACUGUAACAUAGAAAGAAAAAGUAUUUAUAUAUUUUCCGUAAGACUAUUUCAUUGAGUUGUGUAUAAUUUAAAGAAGGUUUGUCCCCAAAUGGUUUUGCUCACCUUGAUUUUUUGUGUGUGUGGUUUUCUUGUUUUUGUAUAAUGUGUACAGUUUAUGUCAAGGGCAUUAAAAGCCUCCUGAAGCAUAAUCUUAUCAAAGGGAUACAUUGUUAAUAAAAUGUACUUAAAAUUCUUAAAA